UGAUAAGAUAAGCGUCCGCUUUUUUUGUCGCAUGUGAAAUUAUUCUGCCAAGUACUCUCUACCAAAUCCAAACACCACCAACUUGUCCAACUCAAGCGCCAAUUACCUCUCACGAUAAGUCCGAAUUAUCCUAAAUACAUUCUCUACUGAGUUCUUCUCAAGUUGCGCACGUCACUAUUCCUCCAACACACUGUGACACAAGACACAAUGGCACCUGAGCCCCCGCCACCUCUCCCAGUCGCAACAAACCGCGAUGCAAUCGCAAACACACUUUCACUCCUCCUCGCUUCCAGGAGGUCCAUAGGGAAAUCUAUGCCCCUUACCCGUGAUCUGCCGCGCAAGAAACGCACUCUGCCAGACGACAACGAUGACGAUCUUACUCGCGGCGCACGACCAAAUGAAGGAUUAGGCUAUGUUUCUGAGAAGAAAGACGUUCAAAAGUUUGCCAACUCAAAAGAAGAGAGGAUGUUAAGGGGCAGAUUGAACAAAGAUGCUAGGGGCAAGUUUAGGAAGAAGGUUGAGGAGAGUGAGAGUGAAGAGGAAGCGGGACGAAGUGCGCUAGGGAAAAGAAAGAGGCCUAGGAAGGAGAAGGAGGCUGAACCUGAGCCUGAGUCUGAGAACCAGACUGCUUCUGUAACAACUGAGGACAAUGAGAAGAAUGAGAACGGAGGAGAGGCCGAGGCCGAGGCGGAUAUGGAUAUGAACGACGCUGUGACACAGGAGGAACCUAGUUUGGGCGGUGGACAGACAGAAAAGAAGCGGAACAAGAAGAACAAGAAGAACAAGAAAAAGAAGAAACAAAAGACUGCUAAUGCGGUGGCAGAGGCAGAGGCAUAACAACAUUUACAUCAGCUUCAUAUCAAGAUACCCACCCAAUACAGGCUUAAAGACUUGGCAACAUCAUAUCACAGACAAGGGAGACCACAAGAUCAAGUUU